ACGCAUCCACGUAUAAGAUUUGGUGCUAAGGUCUUGUCCACCAUAAAAAAAAAUGCGAGAGGUCUAUCUUCAGAUCUCCAAAAUCUGUGAAGAGGUAAGGGUUUCAGAGUAAACAACAACCAAAAGAGUGAGCAGAGCUGAAAACAGCCAUGAUCCGGCUUGGGUCGAAAGAGAAGGGGUGUUACACUUCACCACCUUUGACAAUGUCCCAAACCUACCCGUUGGAGAGGAUUCCUGUAGAAAUGAAAGAGGAGAUUCUCAUGAAAUUGAAGGGCAAAUGCAUCUCGAAGUUCAUCAGCGUUUCUAAAUCCUGGUCAUCGAUAGUCCGUAGCAAACGUUUCACCAACUUGUACCUGAAUCGAUCUAUGGCUCGACCACGUAUCCUUUUCUCAUUGACCGCCCGUGGAGACAAUGAGAUGCAGCUCUUCUACUCUUGCUCUCAGGAGGAUCCAUCUUCUGAUCAUCAAACGGUCAGUUGUCACCUCUGAAUCAAGAUGACUGGUGUGAAUUUUAUCCACCUGUCUGCGGCUUGCUGUGCUAUCUGAAUGAUAAUAAUAGAGUGAUGAUUGGGAAUCCUACUACUGGUCAAUUUAUUACUUUGCCGAGAGUCCAAACUGUGAGGGAAGACAUAAGCUACUUCUUUGGAUAUGAUCCUGUUAAUGGUGAAUACAAAGUGUUGUGCAUGACGGCACCACAUAAUAGUACAUCAAGCGUUCUUGUGUCGCAGGAGCAUCAAGUUUUCACUGUAGGAGCCAUGAGAAAGAAAUGGAGAAAGAUCGAAUGCAAACAUCCCCAUUUUGCUAAUCCUAGAACUCAAUGGGUAUGCAGCAAUGGGGUUGUGUAUUAUAUAGCUUGGAUAGGCAAAGUUCCUUCUCUGAUGUGCUUUGAUGUUGGUUCUGAAAAGUUUAGUGUCAUUAAGUUACCCAGUGACGGGUAUGUCCAAUAUCUGUCGCACUACAGCGAAAAGAUAGCUGCGGCGAAUGUGUUAUUCACCGGUAAAGUUGACUUGUGGGUCCUUGAAGAUGCCAGCAAACCACAUUGGUCACAUGUUUCAAUCGUGAUUCCUUCUUGGACAGAUUCAUAUGAUCAGUUUGAUUUUUUCACGUUAAGGGGUAGACUUGGCACCGGCGAGCUUGUAUUUGCACCGGCCUUUGUCACAGACCCGUUCUAUAUACUAUGUUACGAUCUCAAGGAAAGCAAAGCUAGAAAAAUCCAGGUCGAAGGAAUUGGGACUCACCUAACGCAUAUACAUGUCUAUCUGGAUCAUGUUGAGAGUCCUAUGUUUCUGGAACUGUAAGGUAAUCAUCUGUUGAUGACUAGUUCUUUGGUGUUGUUGUCUGCUGAACUAAUCUCUCUCUUUCUCUUUCGUUGUUUUUUUCUUUUUCUUUCAAGUUUUUGAAUUAAGUUUUUGGAUAUUGUUUGUUUAAGACUAAUCCUUAUUGGAAUAUGAUCAACAAUGGUUCUGUAUGCUUUUGAAUUUA